AGCCACGACCCUGUUUUUAUUCGCCCCUAGUCAUCCAACUGACGUGCGUCACGACGCCGCGUCUCUUUGUGCGCGGUUUCAUCUAGCGGCGACAUUUGUUGUUAUUUUCACUACAACUGAAAAAAAAUACAAGACCGACCCGACCGUGUGUGUGUGUUUUGUUGUUUUUUUGUUGCUGUUGUUGUUGUUUGGAUCCAUUCCAUAACAAGCAAACUGCCCCAUUCCAAGCAUCUACAUCGGUUUGUCACAUUCUCGAUUAUUAUUAACAGAGUAAUGGACUCAGACGAAGGUUAUAACUAUGACUUCGACGAGGACGAAUGUAGCGAAGACAGCGGCGCAGAGGAACCGGGGGAAGACACCCUGGAGUUAGGCGAGGACGAGGUGGAACUGGUCGAUCCCGCCGAGGCCGGAGGGGAACGGGACGAAGGUUUGGAGACCGGGGGAAGUGGUCAUGGGACCGGGCAAGAGGAAGAGGACUACCGCUUCGAAGUGCUGACUGCCGAGCAGAUACUCCAGCAUAUGGUAGAGUGUAUCAGGGAGGUCAACGAGGUCAUCCAGAAUCCUGCAACAAUCACCAGGAUCCUUCUGAGUCACUUCAACUGGGACAGAGAGAAGCUCAUGGAAAGGUAUUUUGACGGUAAUGUGGAUAAGCUGUUCUCAGAGUGCCACGUCAUCAACCCCUGUAAGAAGUCGAGGACCAGACUGAUGAGCACAAGAUCCGCUGCCCAGGACCUGCCGUGUCAGAUCUGCUAUCUAAACUACCCAAACUCAUAUUUCACUGGCUUGGAGUGUGGACACAAGUUCUGUCUGCAGUGCUGGGGAGAUUACCUGACAACCAAAAUCAUUGAGGAGGGGGUGGGACAGACCAUCUCCUGCCCUGCCCAUAGUUGUGACAUCUUAGUGGAUGACAACACAGUCAUGCGACUCAUAACAGACUCUAAAGUGAAGCUGAAGUACCAACAUUUAAUUACCAAUAGUUUUGUAGAGUGUAAUAGACUGUUGAAGUGGUGUCCCGCACCAGACUGCCAUCACGUCGUUAAAGUCCAGUACCCCGACGCCAAGCCGGUCAGGUGCAAGUGUGGUCGACAGUUCUGCUUCAACUGUGGGGAGAACUGGCACGAUCCUGUCAAGUGUAAGUGGCUGAGAAAGUGGAUUAAAAAGUGUGACGAUGACAGUGAAACAUCCAACUGGAUUGCAGCUAAUACCAAGGAGUGUCCAAAGUGUCACGUGACCAUUGAGAAGGACGGCGGCUGCAAUCACAUGGUGUGUCGGAACCAGAGCUGUAAAGCUGAGUUCUGUUGGGUCUGUCUGGGGCCCUGGGAACCACACGGCUCAGCAUGGUACAACUGCAACCGCUACAAUGAAGACGAUGCCAAGGCAGCCAGAGAUGCACAGGAGCGCUCCAGAGCAAUGUUACAGCGGUACCUGUUCUACUGCAACCGUUACAUGAACCACAUGCAGUCGCUGCGCUUCGAGCACAAGCUGUACGCCGGGGUCAAGGCCAAGAUGGAGGAGAUGCAGCAGCACAACAUGUCCUGGAUCGAGGUGCAGUUCCUGAAGAAGGCCGUGGACGUGCUGUGUCAGUGUCGCUCCACACUCAUGUUCACCUACGUCUUCGCCUUCUACCUGAAGAAGAACAACCAGUCCAUCAUCUUUGAGAACAACCAGGCGGACCUGGAGAACUGCACAGAGACGUUGUCAGGAUAUCUGGAGAGGGACAUCUCCCAGGAUUCCUUGCAGGAUAUCAAGCAAAAAGUACAAGAUAAAUACAGAUAUUGUGAGAGCCGGCGGAGGGUGCUGCUACAACACGUUCAUGAAGGCUAUGAAAAGGACCAAUGGGAGUACAUAGAGGAUUAAGAAGGACCAAUGGGAGUACAUUGGCCUCUCCUCAUGGACCAUCUCUAGAGAGAAUAUAUUUUCUUUGCCCCUCUCUCUCCUCAUGGACCAUCUCUAGAGAAUAUUUGUUCUUAGUCCUUGAGGAGAGGAUAUCUGUGUUCUGUAAGUGUUUCUCUCUACUGUCUCUACCCUCUCCACACCAUCUCUGAGUAUCUCUUCUCUAGAGAAUAGAAUAUCUCUUUCUUCUACCUUCUGCACCAUCACCAUGGACUAUCUCCUAGUUUAGAGGAUAUCUCCUGGGACACCACCCACCAUUACAUCCUACUCACCUCCCUGGUUGAAUGGAAACUUUCAAAGGAAAUCAUCAAUAAGAGGGUAGAAUAUUAAAACAGUGUUGUUAACAACAGUGUGAGAAGACUGACCAUUCAAGAGUGGAUCGAUUUCUGGUCCCAGUCCAUCCCUCCUGGCCGGUGUUACUGAACUGCAUCAGAUUUCAUAUGACUGCCAAAAAAGGGGCAUAGAUCACAUCGAAAAUCAGCUAGAACAGCUGCUUCACAUAGAGCUGUGACAUCUAGAACAGCUGCUUCACAUAGAGCUGUGACAUCUAGAACAGCUGCUUCACAUAGAGCUGUGACAUCUAGAACAGCUGCUGCAGUUAAGUCUGAAGGUGACACCAAAGUGGCCAUCGGUCAAAACCAAUCCUUUUUUUUGCCCCAGUCGUUUUGGCAAAUUUAGGACUCGUUCUCGCCCCCAAAAUGCUUAUGUGUUGACACCAUUAUUAAGAAAGUAUAAUUAAAAUGAUAUGUUUAAUUUUAAUAAAUGUCAUUACUGGGAGUAUUGUGUGAGUCAGUAGAAUAGAACUCUCAACUGAAAUUGGGUGAUAUGAAUUACUUGAAUAUACAACAGGAGUGUCUCGGUGUGUAUUUGCACUGUAGUAUUCAAAAUUCUGUUCACAGUUUCUUCAGAAAUCCUUGUUGGAAGAUUCCCACUAUCAGGAGCGAAUAAGCAGAAAUUUGGGAUCCCUCCAACCAGGAUUUCGCCACCUUAAUUUGCAGUGUGUUCAAUCAGUCUAGAAUGAGAUCUCUAAAGCCUCGUUCACACUGCAGGCCUUAAUGCUCAAAUUAGCUGGGGGUUUUUUUCAAGUCCGUUUUCGAAGACCUUUUUGUCCAAACAGCAAGUUGCAACUGACCAAAUCAGGUGUGUGUGUUCAGACGGAAGUCGUUUGCUCGUAUGGCUAUGCUAGUUGUCAUAGUAACGACGGGUGUGUGUGUUCAGACGGAAAUCGUUCGCUCGUAUGGCUAUGCUAGUUGUCAUAGUAACGACGGGUGUGUGUGUUCAGACGGAAAUCGUUCGCUCGUAUGGCUAUGCUAGUUGUCAUAGUAACGACGUGUGUGUGUGUGUGUGUGCACAGGUGUUUAGGCUGAUUAGUGGUGGUGCUUGUGCUUCCUAUCACACAGAAGUUAUGACAACAAUGGAUAUUUCCCCGUUGCUCUGAAUGUCCAAAAUCAAAAUGUAAGUCCACUUUUCGAUGAACCAACUUGAAAAAACGAGUCCUUUUUUGUUGUCUAGCCACAGCAGUCAACUAGCUAGCUAGCUAGUUAGCUAGUUAACUAUUUUGUUUGUGAACAAUUAACACGCUAGUUAGCUUGAACAUGUUCUUGUCGAACUGUCAACAGAGCAGCUGGCAAACACACGCAGUACCAGUCAAAGGUUUGGACACCAACUCAUUCCAGGGUUUUUCUUCAUUUAUUUUUGUAGAAUAAUAUUGAAGACAUCAAAACUAAUUAAAUAACACAUAUGGAAUCAUGUAGUAACCAAAAAAGUGUAAAACAAAUCUAAAUAAUGACUCGUAAAAACCACUUGACGCCAAAUAAAGUCACAUGGCCAAGUUUGUUUGAAAUGUGGCUGCAAGGAAAAAGAACAUUUGAAUCAGAUAUGCACAUUUUGUUUUUGAGUAACUAAAAACUGGCAAUGUAAACAAGGCUUUCCAAUCUUCCAGAAUGGGUGAAUCUGAACAUAAUUUCAUUCAGACAAGAUGAAUACUAGUGGUCUUUUGGGCAGAAAAAAAAGUUGCAUCAAAUGUAUUUACAUAUUUGAGGAAGUAUUCAUACCCCUUGACUUAUUCUACAAUUUGUUACAGCCUGAAUUUAAAAUUGAUUAAAUAUCUAUACACAAUAUCCCAUAAUGACAAGGUGAAAACAUGUUUGUACAAUUCUUUCAAAUAUAUAUUGAACAUUUUAAAUAUGGAAAUCUCAUUUAAGUAUUCACAAUCCUGGGUGAAUACAUGUUAGAAUCACCUUUAGUAGUGAUUACAGCUGUGAGUCUUUCUGGGUACGUCUCUAAUAGCUUUACACACCUGGAUUGUACAAUAUUUUCCCCCUUUUUUUUUUCUUAAAAUUCUUAAAUUGGUUGUUGAUCAUUGCGAGAUGACCAUUUUCAAGCAGAUUUAAGACACACUAACUAGACCACUCAGGAACAUUCACUGUCUAAUUGGUAAGCAGCUCCGCUCUAUAUUUGGCCUUGUGUUUCAGGUUAUUUAGGACCUGCUGAAAGGUGAAUUCCUCUCCAAGUGUCUGGUGGAAAGCUAACUGAACCAGGUUUUCGUCUAGGAUUUUUACCUGUGCUUAGCUCCGUUUCUUUAUUUUUAUCCUGGAUCUCGCCAGUCCUUAACGAUUACAAUCAUACCCAUAACAUGAUGCAGCCACCACUAUGUUUUUUGAAAAUAUGAAGAGUGGUACUCCAGUUGUAUGGAUUUGCCCCAAACAUAACACUGUGUUUGGGACAAAAGUUGUAGUUGUGACUUGUAAGAUGUGUCAGGCUUUCAGAUGCUUUUGUUUUGUUCCUCUGCCCAGGUGAUGAAUCAAUGAUUUGAAUUUGAAUGGAUUUUUCUUUACGAAGGAAAAUCCAUGUUUCGUUUAGGCUGUCCUUCUGUCUUGCAGGUGCAGCUACAGCCGUCUGUGAGACCCACAGGCUCUACGUCCCAAAUGACAUUUCCCUAUAUAGUGCACUUCUUUUGACCAGAGCUAAUGCACUAUGUAGGGAAUAGGGAUUCAUUUGGGACAUAUUCUUCUGUUAUCACCAUGUCUGUAUGCUUGCUUGUUCGCUACCAACAUUUCAAUUUAACAUUCAAAGUAACAUGAAAGUAGCUACUUUCAUUUGAUAGAAGCAUUCCCCCCCCAAAAAAACUUUUCUACAUUUUCUUUCUUAAUGCUAUUAAAAUUGUAUUUCUUAUUUACAAAGUUAGUGUAUAAAAUGUUGGAAGAGAUUAGUUGUUCAUUUCGAAGACAAACAAAUAUUAAAGUGCAAAAUUAGUUU